AACAUUGAAAUCCGAAUUCGUCAUGUAUAGGCCGCACUUUAUAAAAGCUGAAAGCAUUGUGAGGACGGAGGUCUAUGUACUUUCUAUAUCUAUUUGUAUACAUUCACUCACUGGAGAGCUGGAGGGAGGCUGUGGGCGUGAAUCGCAAUAUUGGUUGUAGUGCCGGCCGGCGGCACGACGUGUAAUCUUAUUCAAACAAAUUCCCAUCAAAUGCAUUGAUGUAAAACAGUGAUUUAUUCAUUCAGUGCCGGUUUCGCGUUCGAGCGCUCCACUAGCUCUUAUUUUUACCGAAAAAUAUAUAAUCUAGUGCGGAUUAAUCGGUAAUCGACCGAUAAAUUAAAGUUAAAAGACUGUGUAUUCAGCUGUGAUUUUUUUUAAUUUGUGAGAACGAUGUCUGAGGGUUUGGAAUAUGAGACAAUCGUUCAGAAUGGCCCUAGAAAAGUAACCAUGACGACUGGAUUGGACCGGGACACCAUACGCGCUGCCUACGAGGACGUGCGGUCCGACGCCUCGCCGACAGAAUGGGCGGUGUUCAAAUUCGAAGGCGCUCGCAUCGUGUGCUCGGCACGCGGCUCGGACUUCACUGAGUUCCGCACACAGUUCUCGGACGACGAACGCGCUUUCGGAUAUCUAAGGUUGCAAAUGGGCGACGAAAUGUCGAAGCGCAAGAAGUUCAUGUUUAUGACGUGGGUGGGACCCAAUGUGUCCGUCAUCAAUCGCGCUAAGAUGUCCACCGAUAAAGCUAUCAUCAAGGAUAUCAUCUCGAACUUUGCGGUGGAGCUUCAGCUGGAGAAUCAAUCUGAAAUAGACAUCGAUCAAUUCAAAGACGCCCUAAACAGGGCGGGCGGCGCUAACUACGGCACCGGAAUUAGGGAUUUAUGAAUUGCACAAUAAAUUACGUAUAUUUUUUUUACCACAAUUCAAUUUUAACUGAAUAUUGUCUCAUUUCUUCGUACGCUAGCACAAAUGAGACAGAGACCGAGACAGUUUUUGGUUAAAAUAUGGAAUGCGGUAUUUCGCGUUUUUAUAUCAGAUCAGAUCCAAAAUUGACUAUUGUUUUCUAUAUAAGUUGCAUUUUUAAAUACAAUAAGUUUUAGUUGAAACAUGUAGUCAUUUUUUUAUUUUUAUACAGUAAAAUAACUUAUUUAUUUCGUACGGAAAUUGAGAUUGGAAUGAUUUUUUAUGUUUAAAAUUCGAUUUAUUAUAAUUAAGAGGAAUUCAAUAAUUUAUUUUUAAAUAUAUUGUGCAAUUUAGUAUUUCUCAAUGUAAUAAUAAUCAUAAGAUUUUUUACCAAAAAUUUCUAGUAACUGUUGCCAUGUAGAAGGCGUGAAAAGUGCAUUUAUUUUUUGUCCACGUGUAUUUUGGAGGAUACGUCGAAAUUUUUAAAUGUACCGUAUACAAGAAUAAUUAUAUUAUGAAUUUUACGGGCUUUUUAUACAUUGACUAGUGUUAUAUUAUCCAAUAAUUAUAAUCCGUAAACCGAUCGAAAUAAACAAAUAACCGAAGAUUA